CACCGGUUUCCAUCGUCAAAAUCCUCUUUUCCCAAAACCCCGAACCCUUGGCGGCUCUUUUUCUCCUCUUUCUCUCUCCUAGGGUUUUUCUCUCUCUUCCAAAACCCUUGCGCUUUCCUCGUUCCUUAACGUUUUCAGGGUUUAGGAUUGCUCCCCUCCACUGCUCAUCUUCUCUGAAGAUCGGAUCAUGGCGGCUGUCGCUCCAUCUGCAGAUCAACCUGCAGAUUUACUGCAGAAAUUAUCGUUAGAUACUCAGCCCAAGACUCUUGAAGUUCCUGAGGCCACUAAGAAGGUUUCUGCUAUACAGUAUGGAUCAGUUGAUGCUGGUGGACUGCCAAACGGUCAAAAUCAGUCAGAGCGGUCUCCAACUCCUCUACUUCAGGACUUUGUUGAUCCAACAAUGUGCUAUCUUCCAAAUGGAUAUCCAUCUACUGCGUAUUAUUAUGGAGGUUAUGAUGGGCCUAUGAACGAGUGGGAUGACUACCCUAGAUAUGUAAAUCCGGAUGGAGUGGAGAUGCCUCCUGGAGUUUACGGGGACAAUGGGUCACUCAUGUAUCAUCAUGGUUAUGGAUAUGCGCCUUAUGGUCCGUACUCCCCUGCAGGUUCCCCAGUGCCUACCAUGGGACAUGACGGUCAGCUUUAUGGCCCCCAACACUACCAGUAUCCUUCUCCUUAUUAUCAGCCACCAACCCCCCCUAAUGGGCCUUACUCUCCUAACCAACCAGCUGCUCUACAAGGGGAUGUUUCGACCUCUGUUGCUUCUGAGCAGGUGCCUUUGCCUGUAGAAACAACCAAGGGUAAUAGCAAUGGGAUUGCAAAUGGGAAUGCAAAUGGAAAUAAUGCAUCUGGCCCAUUAAGACCCAGCUACCAAAAUUCAUCUUUGAAUUCGAAUGGCUCAUAUAUUAGGGGUGUCUUGCCGGGCGGUAUCCCUGCUUCUGGUUAUCAGGACCCUAGAUUUGGUUUUGAUGGGAUGAGGUCGCCAAUUCCGUGGUUAGAUGGUACAGCAUUCUCUGAUGGGCAGCCUAGACCUGUUACAAGCAGCUCUGUUUCUUCAACUGUAUCGCAUAUCGGUAAUGGUCAUUCUGGGAGGAAUCAGAAUCUUAGGCCCAUUCCCCACCUCAUAGGUUUGCACCACCCAAGACCCACAUCUGGUAUGAACCCUACUCCAGGAUUCAUGAACAGGAUAUACCCAAACAACAGGAUGUAUGGUAAUAAUACUGUUAGAACUGGUCUGGGUUUUAAUGGUUAUGACUCCAGGCCAAAUGGACGUGGGUGGUUGGCUGUUGAUAGCAAGUACAAAAACAGAGGACGGGGAAAUGGUUUCUUUGGUUAUGGAAACGAGAAUAUGGAUGGUCUGAAUGAACUGAACAGGGGACCAAGAGCUAAGGGAUUUAAGAACCAAAAGGGGUUUGUACCCAUCACAUUAGCAGUCAAGGGACAGAAUCUCCCCUUAAAUGGGAAUACUACUGAGGAAAAGGACAAGGAAAAUUCAAGUUUGAAUCCAGACAAGGAACAUUACAACCGGCUAGACUUUCCGGAGGAGUAUUCAGAUGCAAAAUUCUUUAUUAUUAAAUCCUAUAGUGAGGAUGAUGUCCACAAGAGCAUAAAGUAUGGUGUGUGGGCUAGCACACCCAAUGGAAACAAGAAGUUGGAUGUUGGAUAUAAGGAGGCUCAGGAGAAGUCUGAUGGCUGUCCUGUAUUUUUGUUCUUCUCGGUCAAUACCAGUGGGCAAUUUGUUGGACUUGCUGAAAUGGUGGGCCCAGUUGAUUUCGACAAGAGUGUGGAGUAUUGGCAGCAGGACAAGUGGAAUGGCUGUUUCCCUUUGAAGUGGCAUAUUGUAAAGGAUGUACCCAACAGUUUGUUGAAGCACAUCACUCUUGAAAACAAUGAGAACAAGCCUGUCACUAACAGUAGGGACACUCAGGAGGUCAAGUUCAAACAGGGGCUUCAAAUGCUUAAAAUAUUCAAGGACCAUUCCAGCAAGACAUGCAUCCUGGAUGAUUUUGGCUUCUAUGAGGCUCGUCAAAAGAUGAUGCAGGAAAAAAGAGCUAAGCAACAGCAGUUUCAGAAACAGGUUCGGGAUGGGAAGCCUACAGAUGUUGCUGCCUCGGAUGAAAAUUAUAAAGAGAUGGCUAAUGGAAAAUCAAGAUUACAGCAAUCUUCUGAUGUGGCAUCAGCUUUACUCAAGGAACCAGCUGCUGCAGCAGUGGCAGUUCAGUCAAAUGGUGAAUGUAAGAUGUCUGAAGAGAAUGGGUCGGUUGCAGGAGCUGCUCUAAAGGGUGCUACAAAACCAACUGUGACGGAGAAAAGAGUUUUAGCUAAUGGGGUUGUAGCUAAUGGGGUGGCAAAUGGGUGUUAGGUAUCCAUGGACUUGAUUCCCUCACUGAAAUGGUCUGUAGUGGCUGGCUGGGGUUGCCUGGAAGAGUUGGGGCAGAAGUUUUGCUGCUAAGAAUGGCUUUCAGAAGCGAACGCUGCCCAACAUUCUUGGACUUGGGUCUUAGUGGAUCUUGCUUACUACAAGGCAAUAAAAUGUAGAUGAGGGAUGGGUGAAUGCCUCCUUAGAUUUUUCCUAGUUGUAGUGAGGCAGGUUCAACAUCAUCUCAGGAUCUCUAAAUAUUUUAGUCUUUUUCUUUUACCCUUUAAUUUACCAUUAUGACCUCUUCCCUUGGCAUUAGGAUUGUGAUGGUUUUGUUUUGCAGUUGCUGGGUAGCUCCUAACAGUUUUUCUCUUGGGGGAUUUGGAAUUUUCUUGCGUCUUUUUGUUUUUUCUUGGUUUUUCAUCUUGUAAAUCUGCUUUGUAUUUGUAGGAGGACCAGUUAUCAGGUGGCAUAGUUCAUAGUUGGUUUUUUUUUUCUUUUUUGGUGUUCAAGGUUGGAUAAUGCAAUGCAAUAGAGUUGGAAGAGCAUAAAGUUUUUAUGCUUU